AUGUCUCUCCUUGAUACUCAUCUCGUCGAUGUCGGACUUGCCGAAGACGCCCUCUAUAGGAGAGCCAUGAACCCCGUUCUCUAUAAGAUCCGUCAUAAGAUCCGCCCCUACAUUGACUACGAACUCCCCAUCCUGGAAUACAUUCAGUCCUUCCACAGAAACUGGCUUGAUCAGUACUUCAUGUACAGCGCCAACGUAGGCUCGCAUACGUUCUACGUUUUGAUGUUACCCCUACCGGCUUGGUGUGGUUCUCUCAAUCUCCUUAGAGACCUCGUACAGGUGCUAGGAUUGGGUAUCUUUCUCACCGGUGUUGUUAAGGAUAUGCUGAACCUCCCUCGUCCAACCUCUCCACCAUUGAAGAGACUCACAAUGUCCCACUAUACAUCCAAGGAAUACGGGUAUCCUUCCUCCCAUUCAGCGAACGCAACCUCGGUGUCGAUGGUUAUCCUCAUCCACACCCUCUCGUCGGAAUUGUCCCUCUUUUGGAAAUCUACAGUGAUUUUGAUCACCAUUGGCUACUGGAUCACCCUCUUGUUAGGGAGACUCUACUGUGGAAUGCAUGGCUUGGUGGACGUGCUCUCGGGUACACUGGUGGGCAUUCUGACGGUCUUUGUGAGGAUGCUAACCAAACCUUUCUGGGAUUCCAAAGUCCUGCAACAUUCUACAUAUUGGCCACUUUUUAUAGUGGGCCUCUAUUAUUCUCUCAUUUAUUUCCAUCCAACACCAGUGGAACAGUGUCCCUGCUUCGAAGACACAGUGGCCUUCAUUGCCGUCCUUAUGGGCUUGGACCUCGUUGGCUGGACCUUGGCCUCCCCUACCACGUCUACAGACUACUCGAGCCAUCCGGCAAAGUUGUCCGUUCCUAAAUCCCUCUCUGCACUAGUGCUUCGUUUCCUCAUUGGCGUGCCGGCAGUUGUUCUAUGGAAAACACUUGCCAAACCUCUGGCAACCUCUCUCGUGGCCAAGCUGAGACCCAUGGAUUCCAACCAGCAGUGUUUUGCCUUUCUACGCAGAACAGAUACUAGAAUCAUUGUCAAAUUCGUCGUCUAUGGCGGCAUCCCUUUUGCGGCAAUCUUUGCAAAGUACAUCUUUGAGUGGCUAAACAUUUGA